CACAAGAGUUUGACAUGGAGCACUGUAGUCUUUUGAAGUGAUGCAUUUACUCGCUUUUUAAAGUCGACAAAAAAGGAUCACAUUCUAAGCGGGUCAUUGACUAUGGCCUUCACUGUGGAGCUUGAACAGCUUGGAUGUCAAAAAUAAGAUUUUACCUCAUUUUAAUUUAUUCUGUUCAACAAGCAAAAGACAGGAAGAAAACAGGAGGUGCAAAAAAAAAGUGUAAAGACGUCUGUACUUGAUCAGAGUUUUAUAGUAGGAAUGUCACAGUUUAACAAUCAGAGUGGCAGGACUAUGGAUGUAAGGGAUGGAGAUGUGCCUCCAAUUCUGAAAGAAGAGCAGGAGGAUGAGAAUUACAUACCAAAUAAGUGCGAUGCCUCACUCCAUUCUGAAGUCAAGUCACCCUCUCAGAGUGCUGAUAAAACAACACACACACACUUUCUUCUGCUAGAGCGUCAGAGUCCUCAGCAAAUCCAGAACAGACCAUCUGUGCUCUGUUCCACCUCUCUGCUACCUCUGGAACACAACAGAUUUUCUCAGGUCUCACCUAAAAAGUGUGAGUCAGCAGUUAAAAGUGGCAGAAAGGAGAACGAAUACAGUUCUAGUCAAGCACAAAUUGAUGAGCACAAAAACCCCAGAACUCAUAUGAACAGCCUCAUCCAGUCAAGCGUGAUAAACUCUCUGUUUGUCAAUGGACGAUGUCGCUGGCCUGAUUGUGACGAAGCCUUCAAAGAGUAUCCUGUUUUCCUGAAACACCUGAACACUGGGCACAGCUGUGGAGAAAAAACAAUCGCACAGUGGAGGGUGCAGGAGGAAAGGGUGCGCCAGAUGGAGAGUCAGCUUGUUCAGGAAAGACAGAAGCUCCAUGCCAUGCAGCUCCACCUAAGACUGACUGAACACCCAAGAGCAGCUCUAGGCUGGUGGAGUCCGCUGGCACUGCCUGCACCCCCGUCUGAGGAGCCAGAUGGAAGUGUAGAGUGGGCCAUCGAUGCCACAGGGCGCCACGAAUACUGGCCCACAGCCACCCCCCACCUACUGACAGAUUUUGUCAACAGUAUGGAAUGCUACAAAUAUGUCAAUAUCAGACCACCGUAUACUUAUGCUUUUCUAAUUAGAUGUUCAAUACUGGAGGCACCAGAUAAGCAAAGGGCUCUGAAUGAGAUCUACAGCUGGUUCAUUCGAAGGUUCUUUUACUUCCGUCACAACACUCCCACAUGGAAGAACGCAGUCCGUCACAACCUCAGCCUUCAUAAGUGCUUCGUGCGGGUGGAUGGAGGAAAAGGCGCCGUGUGGACUGUGGAUGAGAAAGAGUUUCAGAAGAGGAAGGGCCAGAGGUUUACCAGGGAUUCUUUGAAAUGGAUGGCUCAUUUCUCUCAUCCCCCCAAAGUGCCCUAAGCUUUCCUGCUUUCCUGACUGCAUACAUUGAGAAGCUGUUUCACACAAAAAGUGACUUUUUUUUUUUUUUUUUAAUUCUUCAAUCUGAUCAUCUAAAGUCAAGUCUGGUUCUUUCAACUAUAAAUAGUGACAUUUCACAGACAAAACUUUAACAUAGUAAAAUGUAUCAUUAUAAAAUUACAAUAAACCAAAUAUAUGAUUAUUAAAUCAAUUUCUAUACAUUUUGUUACUAAUUUCAAGCUUGAAAUAGUCUUGUUCUAUUGACAUACAUUUUCCAAUUUUAUUUUAUUUUUAUUUCUAGAAAGACACAAACUUAUCUGCCAAUAGAAUAAGACAAUUUAAAGCUUAAAAUUAGUAUUUUAAUAUGAAUAUUAGCUAAAUAUGCCCAUAUGCAAGAUAUUUUCACUUGCUAAGAUGUAAUUUUUUGCUGUGUAUUUUUAUACUUUGUGCUAUAAUGUUAUUUACUACAGUUUACAAUAAUCUUUUUCAGGUGGAUGUUUCAUGAAAUUUCCUUACUCUUAUUUUAACAGUGUUCAUUAUGGGUGAAUCUAACUUGUGACUUAAUACUAACAUUUGUCAAUAUUUAUUUGUCAUCUUUGCAUUAUGUUUAAAUACUGACAUUAAAAAGCAAGAACGUCCUAA